UUGUGGGUGACGUCACGGGCGGAGGAUGCGGGUGCCCCAUUGGCUCGGGCUCCGCCGCCGUGAGCUGGGCUCUUAAAGGGCGACUCGAGGGGAGGCCGGGCCGGCCGGGCGGGCCCAUGGCCAGCACCAGCAGCCAGCUCGCCGAAGUUGGCCACCCUUGGCUUUAUAGCUCAUGGUGUGCUGCCUGUCUCACCAUGUGGCACUGAUAGUCAUACGAAUGUGUGAAGAUGGAAUGUGUUAAGGGGAAAACCCACAACCGAGCCAGAGUUAAUUCUGCAGUGAUGGCAUCUGCACUAGCGGGGCUUGUCAUGGGAGUCCCUAGAGUCCCUGCCAGUCACUGUCCGACUCUGCACCUGGAUGCCUGGACUGAUUAUAAGCACCACCACCUCUGAGUGGCUCUGCUCCAGGAGUGUCAGAUGGGAGUGGUCCGGGUCCGUAUACAUGAGGAGAACAUCCAUCUUGAGCCCUGAUGUAAAUAGUGUAGAAGAUGAUUCUGAGGAAGCUUUUGGAUUUUUGUGGCAUCUCCCAGUGAAAUCCUAUGAUGCUGUUCCAAUCCAGUCGAGUGUGGUUAUAUGUUCCUGUCCAUCCCCAUCAAUGGUGAGGAACCAGACAGAUUCCAGCACUCCAUCUGUCAUCACCACCUGUGGCAGCAGAAAGGGGUCUAACAUGGAGGGAACUGCAGCUGAAUCAAGGUCUAGUUCAAACUCCCUACAGCAACAUUCAGGACAACAGCCUCCACAGCCUCGAAAAAAACGACGUGAGAAUUUCAAAUUUGGCAAAAUUCUGGGUGAAGGAUCUUUCUCAACAGUUGUCUUGGCCCGAGAAUUGGCAACUUCCAGAGAAUAUGCCAUUAAAAUUCUAGAAAAACGUCAUAUCAUAAAAGAAAAUAAGGUUCCCUAUGUGACCAGAGAGAGAGAUGUAAUGUCCCGUCUGGAUCACCCUUUCUUUGUGAAACUCUACUUCACAUUUCAGGAUGAUGAAAAGCUGUAUUUUGGACUUAGCUAUGCCAAAAAUGGAGAGCUUCUAAAAUACAUUCGCAAAAUUGGCUCAUUUGAUGAGACCUGUACCAGGUUCUAUACUGCUGAAAUUGUAUCAGCAUUAGAGUACUUGCAUGGAAAGGGAAUAAUUCACAGGGACCUUAAGCCAGAGAACAUUUUGCUAAAUGAAGAGAUGCACAUUCAAAUAACGGACUUUGGAACAGCAAAAGUAUUAUCUGCAGAUAGUAGACAAGCACGGGCAAACUCAUUUGUAGGGACAGCGCAAUACGUUUCUCCGGAAUUAUUGACAGAAAAAUCUGCCUGUAAAAGUUCUGACCUCUGGGCUCUUGGAUGUAUAAUAUACCAGCUUGUAGCCGGAUUGCCGCCAUUUAGAGCUGGCAAUGAAUAUCUUAUAUUUCAGAAGAUAAUUAAGUUGGAAUAUGACUUCCCAGAAAAAUUCUUCCCCAAGGCAAAAGACCUUGUGGAAAAGCUUUUGGUUCUGGAUGCUACAAAGAGAUUAGGCUGUGAAGAAAUGGGAGGGUAUGGACCUCUUAAGGCUCAUCCAUUCUUUGAAUCCAUUACAUGGGAGAAUCUGCAUCAUCAGACACCCCCAAAGCUCACAGCAUAUUUACCCGCUAUGUCUGAAGAUGAUGAAGAUUGUUAUGGAAAUUAUGACAAUCUCCUGAGUCAAUUUGGUUGCAUGCAAGUUUCUGGUUCGGCAUCCUCCCCUUCACUGUCUGCCCCAGAGACAAGUCACCCACAAACAUCAGGGAAUAUAGAACAGUACAUUCAUGAUCUUGACAAUAACUCCUUUGAGUUGGACUUGCAAUUUUCUGAAGAUGAGAAGAGACUACUACUGGCAAAACAGGCUGGUGGAAAUCCAUGGCACCAGUUUGUAGAAAACAACUUAAUACUAAAAAUGGGUCCAGUAGAUAAAAGAAAGGGAUUGUUUGCUCGUCGGCGCCAAUUAUUGCUCACUGAAGGGCCCCAUCUCUAUUAUGUGGAUCCUGUCAACAAAGUUCUGAAAGGAGAAAUUCCAUGGUCACUAGAGCUGCGACCAGAAGCCAAGAAUUUUAAGACCUUUUUUGUUCAUACACCUAACAGGACAUAUUACCUGAUGGACCCAAGUGGGAAUGCUCAUAAAUGGUGCAAAAAGAUACAUGAAGUUUGGCGGCACAGAUACCAUCAGAAUGCUGCUAAAUAGUAAAGCUCAUCCAAAAUGUCCCAGUCUCCCUACUUGCUGCUAGAACUCCAUGUGCAGCCGAUCAGAGGAAUCUUCCCAACCCAUCUAUUAUCCAUCUCAAGGGGAAGCAUAUAUCUGAAAUAUUUUGUUUUUUUUAAAAACAACAAACACAAAUGGAAUUCAGGGUCGCUUUGCUUGCUCUUUGUGCUUCUGUUAAGGCUUCCACAUGCAUAUCGUUGAAGUGAGGAUCUUGCUUUUGUGCACUUCAGCUCUAUUUCUGCUGCAAACUAAUGGAUAAACUUUGCAUUAUGAGCUUCAUUUAAGAUCAGUUAAAACUGAUCAACCGCACACAGCCCAGAUCAUGUACCGGUCCUGCACUUUAUGGGGCUGGGAUUAUUUCUGUGACUUUCAGAUUAUCAUUAAACUGUAUUUCAUCAGGGAGCUUUUAAAUGCCUCUGCUGAGGUGUAACCACCACCUCCACUCUACUUUCCUUCCCCCGCCCCCUUUUCCUUUUCUAACUGGUAUCUGGCAUUUACAGUCAGGUCAGUUGCACCCUUGCAUAACUCCUAAUAUAGUUCUGGUUGCAGGACUUCCGUGGUACUUAUUAUAAUUAUGUGAGUAAAUCAGACGUAUGUGUCUGGCAGUCAGACGCCGAUGAUACAAGUUGUAAGAAAGUAAAAUGCUGAACAUGGCACUGAAAUUUCUAAAAUUGAAAUUUUGGCUUUUGAAGUUCAUAAAAUUUUAAACAUGGAAUUUUAAUUUGAGGCAUUUACAAGUUUAAUCAAGGGACAAUAAAGUUACCAGCAUGCUUUUAAUUAAUACUAACUAAAUUAAAUUAACCAGUUAGUAUAAAAUGUUACUAUUGAGGUAGUAAUUAGACUCUUCAGCUUUUCAGAAGAUGAGGGCAAGUAUCUUUCUUUCCAGGGUAUGCAUGUAUUGUGCAUUUUAGUGGGGCCAACCUAUUUACUUGGGUAGAGAAGGAAGAGUGAAAACUUUGAUGUACAAUUGAUGACUUGAUUUCUCUCUUUGUAUAAUGAGAUGUACAAAUAUUCUUGUCCUGGUCAUUGGCCAAACAACUUGCAGACCUUUUAGCAAUUCUGAAAAUAUUUUAAACGAUUUAAAUACAAUAAGCUUAUACACUAAUCUGAAUAUUUGGAAGUUCAAAUGAAAAUGUUGACUCAAAGGAGAAAAUGUAUGGUACUUUAGUCAUAUCUAUAAAUGUUUGUUUCAUAUCGGUCUGCUUCAUCCUUUUCAGAUUAAAUUGUUGUGGUCAAACAUUUCCUGUGACACAGCAAAGACUUUGCUUUGUACAUGUUAAAAGUAACUUCUCUAAUAGUGUGUUCCAUAUACCUGUGCUUCUGGGUAACCAGAUCCCCUGGAAAGACCAUGCCCAUGCCUGGACAAAGACAUUCCUCCCUCAUGUCUAAAGCAGUAUAAAUACCACAUCUAUUCACUCAUCCAUUUUUCAGAAAUGUCUCUCAUUUUUGCUUCUUUGCCACUUGAAUUGUUUUUGUACAAAGUACUUCUCUUCCCCCACCCUCAGUCCCCCUCAAAGGAAGAUCACCCUGCUGUUGUGUCAAGUCCAUUGGUGGAUUCCAUUUUUGUGGUUAGUCUGAAUAUCCUAGAAGUAACCAAGCAAUGCUAGAUUUCCCAUAUGCACCUAAAAAGGCCUGUUGUGUAACAGUUCAAUACGUCAGUAUUUUCAGAUCCUUAAAGGAGAGUCUGAGUAAGUUGCUACUUUCCUCCUAAUUCUUCUUGAAGAAGUACCAGUGUGCAGUUAGAUCCUGUAGUAAAGAAUCCACACCAAUACUCUGCAACAAAUUCACUAACAUGCAUGGUCAUAUUUUGGGGGGGAGGAUGAGGGGGUGCAGUGCCUCACAGGCUCCUAGCAUAAAGGGAAAAGUAGAGGAUAUUCCUCCUGUUAAAAUCAGAUGCUAGUCUGAAAGUGACUUCACCCCUACUCCAAAGGCAAACCAUUUGCCACUAAGUUCUUGGAGUAACACAGGACUUCUACAACUAUAUUAACUCCAUAGCCAACAUCACAGCCAAGAUAAUAUGGUAUUGCUUUUUUUGAGUUUGUGGCAAUGGAUACCUGUUAGUACCAAAGCUAUCCACGUCACCUGUAUGUCAAUUCUAUCUGAAGCAGUGCAGCAGGUUCUGGAUUACAAGUCUGUAGCACUGUGCUAUAGGCAGGUACUAUUCUUGCCUUUUGUAGAAGAGCUUGGUCAUGGUGAAGCAGUACAGCAGCUCAAACAUAUUACUGCUGUUACUUUGCUUGCAUUUCCAAGCAAUACACAGCUUUGCAAAGUGGUGGCUUGGUAUGGAGUCUAGCAAUGACUCUACUGAUUUGAACAGAGGCUAGAGUAGCAUCCAUAAACCUGUUUAUUUCAGCUGAUUACAUGAUCCUAUUCUUUCUCUAAACACAUUUUCUGUAACAAAUAGUUUAGCAACCCCUCUCUUGUCAUUCAGAAACAUCUUCUCUUUCUGCCCGCUGCAUUUUUAAAAACUGUCCCUAUAACAUCUGAUCCUGCACACACACUUUCACGCAAAGAAGGUCUCUUGAGAGAGAAAGCAAGAAUGAUUGCAGUCAUUGCUGUGUAGAUAGUAAAUGUGAGAGCCUGCAAAGUUGGGCGUUUGCAUUGUGGGGUACUUUGCUCUUUUAAAAAUGACAAUAUUGCAGUUAGAAACUUCUCCAGGUGGACUCCUGCAUUAAGCUCCGACUCCUGCAUUAAGCUCCGUCUCCUCUGCAUAUUCAUGUUCCUCGUUAUUAAGCCAUGCUCAGCAGGUAGGGUUAUGGCCCAUGAAAAAAGUUGAGUAGUUUUAGCUAUUAUUCUCUAUCUAGAACAAGUUACUAUAUUUAGCACUACCUUCUAUAGUAGGUGAAACCUCACAAAUAACAAAAUCAGCUUCCAAAAAAUAUUUUUUUCAUUCUACUUUUCUCAGUUUAUUUGGACUCAGUCCAAAAUGUAAUUCACAAACCUUCACUGAGGAAUGGACUCCUUUUGCAGUGGAAGGAGGCAAAAGCUGAGUCAAAGGCUUGCUGUCCUUAAUCUCUGCUUUAUUGGAGGAGAACAAGUCAAGUGAAACUACUUCAUCUCCAUGUUUUCCCCUCCAGUGAAGAGAAUAGGCUAGAAAAGGCUGCUCCUUGCUGUUGCACUUGGAGGAGGGAACCAAAACUAUUCUGGGAGAGGCUUCUCUCAGUCCCUUUCCUGUGGAUAGGGGUAUGGUAGUGGAAGAUUCAGACUAUGGGAUAAAGCAAAAGCUCUCAUGUGGAAUGGGUAAAGUCCACGUUUGCAGCCUGCUUACGGACAUAUCAGGAAGUGCUAUGUACUAUAAGUUCAUAGCAUUUCCUGAUAUGUCUGUAGAGUGGUGGAGUGGUUCCUGCAUUGGAUAGGUAUAUCUCAGUGUAGGGAUGUCCUCAUGGAUAAAGCAAUUGAAUGCCUUGUGCAGGAGCACACUCAGCGGUUCAUUAAAAUGCAUGGAGAAGAGUGCAUAGAGAAGUGCUAAAUGGCCUGCUCUAGGGCUGAGAGCAGGCCAUUUAGAAGUCUAAUUACUGUAAUCAUAUGAUCUCCAGAGGGGACAGAGUAGCUGGCCAUUAACAGCCUCAUUGUUCUUGAAGAUAUUUGGGGCAAGGAGUGUAGAGCCUACUGAUUCAUUCACUCUCCUUUCCCAGCUACAGUUACCAAGAUUUCCAGAAAGAUUGUGAAUCUGGGUGGCUGAGAUUCAGAUUAGGAGACAUUUAGUUUGAGAUCAGACUCCCAGAAGGGUACUCAACUCUAGUGGUGGGCCUGCUUUCCAUUGAAUGGAAUCUUGUUGAAGAAAAGGCAGUGGGUUUGGUGCUAGAAAGGAUACUUAAUCCACCUUUCUCUUGCCUUGGGACAUUGACCCAGCCCAGUCUGCUGUACAGCUUUGAAAGUAUCAGGGCAUGUUCAUGAUUCCUUGGCUAGGCUGAGAGUUUGAGGCAACUGGUGAUAAAGCAAUGUCCUAAGCCCUCUUCUGAGCAGGGUUUAUUUUAAGGACAGUUAAGUUAUAGCUCACAUAAGCAUUGUUUUUCCACUUUAGAGGAUCUUUUGUAGCUAUCAUGAGCAGUGUACCACAACAGUUUUAAGAGGUGCUGUACUAACAAAGUUGGAGUCUUUAAGGCAUCUUGAGAACUAUGCAGUUCCAGUAAAAUUCCUCGGGGGUGAGUAAAAGUAUUAUAUACAUGCUUCAGCUUUUGUGAUGUGAUAUAUGAAGGAUGGUAUGUUGGAUACUGACACCUUCCGUAUUGAGCACUUUCAAAAGAUCCUGUGGACUUAGCCUUCACAAACUGAAGAGAAAUAAUUUCUCCUAUUCAUUUUUGUUGACUUUGGAAAUCCAAGUUUAAUUAUCAGUGAUAAAAAUCCCCAAUUUUAAAAUAUAGACAAUAGAUGUAUGUAUGUCUCCUGCAAUCUAGAAGACAAACACUGAAAGUGUGUAUGCGGCUGUGUUUGUAUGUAUGGGUGAAGUGGGGGGAUAUUACAUGACGCAAAUGCUAUGAAGAACUCUGGCUGGAUGAGCAAUAUAAUACUCAUCCACUUCCAAAUUUUCACUAUUCAUGCUGGACCAAGGAGUCUUUUUGUGAAGGGCUAUAUAGAUAUUUUGGAAACAUAGGUCCUAUUGGCUCAAAAACAUUUGUGUCCAUAAAGAAGGCAGUAGCUUAAAUAAUGAAGUUUUCACCUCAAAUCCUGACUGGAAGCUUGAGUAUUCCAGCUGGACCACAUAGCUAUAAUUGUUUACAUCUAUGAUGAGAUUUUCUGUUAUUUCCACAGGAAACUACUCAGACUAAGACAUUCAUUAUUAUUAUUUUAGCUGGGGAAAGGAUGUACAUGAUUUGCUAAAGCUGGGCUUUGGGGAUGCUACACACAACUCUCUUCCUCGGGCUGGUAUUUUUAAAAAGAACUGAUGUGCUCACAUGAGUGUGGUAUUUAUACUACUUGAAGCAUUUGGUGAAUACUUCAACCAUUUUGUCUUUAGGCCAAUAUUUUACUAAUUUAAACUAUGAAUCACAUCUGCACUGCCUCAUGGCCCAGAAAAUGUCUGUCUAUAGAUACUUCCUUCAGUCAGCUUGCAGGUGAGUAUUUCUCUUUGACCCAGAGCAGUGUAUUUUCAGCUAAAAUGGGAAAUUUAUAAUCAAACUGGUAAACUGCAUUUCCCUAUAAACUGUUUGCACUGUCUUGGAAGAAACACAGCUAUAAACAGUGAACAAUUUAGAAAUGGAAAACCAUUUCUUAAACGGUCUGAAGCAUGCACGUGUAGUCUGUCUGAGUGACAGUGAAUGGGGAUAGUUGCUGCUUGAAAAGCUUAUGUACUGAGUUUGAUUGGAUAUGGUAGUCUCCUAAAUUGCGGCAGAACUCUCAACUGCUGUAUCUGUCUAACAAAAAAACCAAACAAACUAGGAACUAUAAUCAAUUUUGAUAGAUGUUAGCUGUCUUUCAGAUUGGUGGCAGUCAGUUAUAACGUGUGUAAUAUUCUCUACCUGGUUUGUAGCUGUAACUGUGAUGUACAGAAAAAGCAAAAACUAAGAAGCAAACAAAAACAGAAGCAAAUAAUGCAGUGCUAUUAGGAUAAACAUUUUUGUAUUUUUAUUCUUAUAAAGUUAUUUGCCGGCUCGCAUUGGCCUCUAGUUCAGUCUGUGUUUAUUUAAAUUCUAAUAUAUGAAUUAUUUGGAUUGAAUUCAUGUUCGGGGCCAUGGUGUUGUAUGUAUUGAUGUACAGCCUUGAAUGUGAAUAAUUAUUGUAAACUAUUUUACACCUUUCUCUGGCUUUAUUAUAAAUUUUCUAUUGGUCGAUGAUUUAAUCAUAUCUCAUAAUUUAAUGAAUGUUUGUUCUCCGCCCGACAGCUCUCUGUGCUGUAGAUGUAGCUAGUGACUGGAUGAUGAAUUUUCUCUUAUGCUCGACAGUCUUUUAAUAAAAGCAUGUACGGUCCUAG